CAUUGUGGUCAUUUAGAGUCUCCUUCAAAAUUCACACCUUCACUUUCUUCAGCUUUCUCCUCUGGAGUACACAGAGGCAGCAAGCAGAAAGGAGUCUCCCAUUUCCAGCUCACUUCCAGAGCAAAAAGAGUCAAAAAAAUACACACAAAAGCUUUUUCAUUUGAGGGAUUUGAUUUUUUUUUCUUUGUUAAAUACAAGACAACAUCUUUCUCUUCUCAUUUACUUUCUUUGAAGCAAAGCAAGAGCAGAAGUGAUGGCUGGGUACAGAGCUGAAGAUGAUUACGAUUACCUCUUUAAGGUGGUGCUUAUAGGUGACUCUGGUGUGGGCAAGUCCAAUCUGCUGUCCAGGUUCACUCGGAAUGAAUUCAGCUUGGAAUCUAAGUCCACUAUAGGAGUUGAGUUUGCUACUCGUAGCUUGAACGUCGAUGGCAAGGUCAUCAAGGCCCAGAUUUGGGACACUGCUGGCCAAGAGAGGUACCGUGCCAUAACUAGCGCUUACUACCGAGGAGCAGUGGGUGCACUACUUGUGUAUGAUGUCACACGACACUCAACAUUUGAAAAUGUUGAAAGGUGGCUAAGGGAAUUGAGGGACCAUACAGACCCAAACAUUGUGGUGAUGCUCAUUGGUAAUAAAUCAGACCUUCGCCACCUUGUUGCUGUCUCAACUGAGGAUGGAAAGUCCUUUGCAGAGAGAGAGUCACUCUACUUCAUGGAAACUUCUGCUCUGGAAGCUACUAAUGUGGAAAAUGCAUUUGCUGAAGUACUUACUCAGAUCUACCGAAUUGUAAGCAAGAAGGCUAUGGAGACAGGGGAUGAAGGUGCUGCAUCAGCUGUUCCGUCGAAAGGAGAGAAAAUCGACGUUAGUAAAGAUGUUUCUGCUCUGAAGAGAGUUGGGUGCUGCUCAAGCUAGGAGUUGAGUCUGAAUUCAAUUGUCACGGAGGAUGGAGCUGGUUUGUUUUUGCUGCAUCUGUGUUAAUGUACACCAUUAUUCUGUAAAAUUUUCUCAAAGAUGCCAACAGUAGGAAAGCUAUGGAUUGAUUUUUAUUUUCCUUUUUUGGAGCUAAACUGUGACUGUUGUUUCUAGCUGACAAGACAGCUUAACUAGGAGCAAGUUAUUACGCUAUUGCUUUCAAAAUGGUUCCCAGUCAAGUCCGAAGCUGCAUUAAUCUAUCUAUUUAGUUGUAUUCA